UCUGUUUACCACCUCCCCCUACUAAUCACAUAAAUUUCUUCAAAAAUGACACCUCCAAAAAAAUAAAAAUUAAAUAAAUAAACCGCCAAUUUUAAUACCCAACUGAAACAAAACAUUCCUCAUCACAGAUCUCUCCAUCAAUCUGUAUCUCCCCUUUUUUUUUUUGGCUUUCAGUUCUUGAUUUUUUAAUUUUUUUUUUUUGCCCAUUUAUUUUCAAAAAAAAUCUUUCUUCAACGCACACUCUUCUCUCUCUGUCUUUCUCUACUUGUUUCAGCAAACCUCUCUUUGAAUCUAAGUUUGGGUUCCUUCUAACUUCAGUCUCUCACUGACUAAUUUCUAGUGAUUUGCUUUCAUGGGUUGUUGCAGAUUCAUAGAUUUACCCUUAAGCUUGCUCUAAUUUUCACUUUUAUUUUUGUUUUUAUGGUUUGAAUAGAUUUGGUUAAUUCUUCAUCUACUCUGCUAAUAAACCCAUAAUUGUAUUCUACUUUGUAUUGUUCCUAAUUGCUUUCUUCACUCUUUCUUGAUAAACCCAUAUCUCCAACUCUGUUCUUUUUUUUCUUUUCUUUUCUGGGUUUUGUUUUUUCUUUGAUUUUUGGGGAGUGUUGGUUACAUGAGUUAUUUGGGUAUUGGGUUUGAGUAAAACAACUAGUGUUCUCGAGAGAGUGUGGAGAAGCUGAGAAAAUGAGAAAAUUUAGUUCAUUUCAACCUCUGUGGGUCUGUUUGGGACUCUUUCUUGUGACUUGUGACGCGUCUGCAUUAAGUGAAGUGUCUGCUCUUUAUGCCUUCAAGGAAACUAUAAAUGAGGACCCACUUAUGGCUUUGUCAAAUUGGAAUAAGGUAGAUGCAGAUCCUUGUGACUGGUCUGGCAUAUCCUGUUCUGUGCCUCGAGAUCAUGUCUUAAAGCUAAACAUUACUUGGUCAUCCUUGAAGGGUUUUCUUUCUCCAAAAUUGGGAGAACUCUCUUCCUUGCAAGAACUGUAUGCUUUCCAUCUGUACAUCCUACACAAUUUUCUCUCUUAUUUUUUUUGUCUUCCAAUUAUUCUGUUAUUUGUUAAGUAGAGCACAAA